AUUUUUAUCAAUUUUUCACGAAAAACUUUUAAUUUUUGUUCGAAAUUUUGUCAAAAUUGAACUUUAAGAGUCAAAUUUGUGACUGUCAAGUCGAAAAAAUUGCCGGUUUCGAGUAUUAAAAGAAAAUUACGUCACAGUAAGAAUCAACACACAGAAUAAGGAGAAGCGAUAAACGAUGUGGAGUAGAAGCGUAUCAUCAGUAUUGUGUCAAACACCGACACGAAGGUCAAAUUUAUUGAAAAACAUCAGUUUUUGCCUAUCAACUGUUAAUAAAAGUUCGAGGUCUUUUGCCACUAUUUGUGAAAGUAGCAAGAUGCGUUUUAUCCAAUUUCAACGUAAAAACGAGCAAAAAGUCCGUAUCGGAGUCGUUUCUGACGAUGGAGCUUGCGUCACGGACCUCAGUGAGACAUCUUGCUUCCCCACGGACAUGAAAAGUUUCAUAAAAGCGAACGUUUCGUUGGAAGACGUUAAGCAAAAAGUGAAUUCCUCACCGAAAAUGGAUACAAAAGACGUUUGUCUCCUCGCUCCCAUCCUAAAUCCCGAAAAAAUCAUCUGUAUCGGCUUGAAUUACCGCGGUCACUGCGAAGAACAAAACAAGGAACCGCCAACGGAACCAAUGUUCUUCACGAAAUUCCCCAGUUGCAUCGUUGGACCCACAGAUGACAUCAUCGCGCACAAGAUAACGCAACAAAUUGACUGGGAAGUCGAACUUGCGGUGGUUAUUGGCAAGGAAGCAAGUCACGUGACGCGUGCUAAUGCCAUGGAUUACGUCUUCGGAUAUACUGUUGCCCAAGACAUUUCGGCUCGUGACUGGCAAAAGACUAAAAAUGGGGGACAAUUCACCAUCGGGAAGGGCAUGGACACUUUUUGUCCUCUUGGAUCGGCGAUCGUGCAUAAAUCGCUGAUUCCAGAUCCGCAUAAUUUGGCGAUCAAAUGCUCCGUGAAUGGGGUCCAGAAGCAAUGUGGAAGCACUUCAGAGUUAAUUUUCAGGAUUGAUGACAUAAUUGAGAGAUUAACGCAGUCGAUUACAUUGAAGCCGGGAGAUAUUUUGUUGACCGGAACUCCUGCUGGGGUCGGAAUGCAUCGCAAACCUUCUGAAUUCUUGAAGCCCGGCGAUGUGGUCGAGAGCGAAAUUCAAAAUGUUGGCAAGCUAAUCAACAGAGUCGUCGCCGAUAAACACUAAACUGCCAUAUUUCGGACUAAAAUGUACUU